AAGAGCUUGUUUCGAACGUCACCAUUCUGUGCCUAGCGCGUUGUGCGGCGAAUAUGGUAACUGCGGCAUAAACAUGGCUCCGAAACCGAAAGUAUCCAAACCUCCAUCGUCCAAAACUCAUGUGGACAAUAGUGUUGGAGAAAGAAGACUGCGCCAAAUUUAUGAUUGGCUGGAUAAUGGCAACAAUAAAAAUGCCUUACAAGAGGCUGGGAAAGUGCUUAAAAAGCAGCCAGAUUUCUUGUGUGUGAAGGUUUUGAAAGCUUUGGCUUUAUUGAGAUUAGGCAAAGAAGAUGAAUGCCAUGAAUUACUCGAGGCAGUAAGGAAAGAAGUGCCUAUUGAUGAUCAAACUUUACAAGCCAUGCAAAUAUGCUACCGUGAAACUCAACAACCCAAUAAAAUCUGUGAGAUGUAUGAUGCUGCAGCCAAAAAGGAUCCAACUAAUGAAGAGAUCUUGACAAAUUUAUUUAUGGCCCAUGUCCGAUUGGGUGACUACAAACAGCAACAACAAACUGCUCUCCGUUUGUACAAAGUAAAGCCCAAGAAUCCGUACUACUUUUGGGCAGUGAUGAGUGUUGUCAUGCAAGCCUACCACUCUGAUGAAAAAAUUGCUCGCAUGGUAACUCUUCCUUUAGCAGAGAGAAUGGUUCAAAAAUUUAUUGAUGAAGGUAAAAUUGAAGCUGAGCAGGAGGUUCAACUUUAUUUACUUAUUCUGGAGAAGCAGGGGAAAUUUCAAGAGGCCUUGGAUGUUGUAGAAGGUCCAAUGGGGGAACGACUUAUAUCAUAUGUGACAGUUCCUCAGAAGAAAGCAAGUCUCUAUGUAAAGCUUAAUCGAUGGAGGGAUUCCAUUGUAAUAAGUAAAUCUCACCUUAGAGAGAACUUGGAUCACUGGCUUUCAAUUAAAAAUUAUCUAACCUCUGCUAUGAAUUUAAUGGAAAAGGAGGAGGAUUUGAGUUCAACAGAAGCUGAAUAUGUAUUGUGGAGCAGAGCUGAUGCAAGUAUUCCUCAAAUUAAAGAAUUCUUAAAGCUGCUAAUGAAUGAAAUGAAAAGGAGAGGUAAAAAUGUCCGUGGACCCUACCUUGCCUGGCUAGAGCUCUAUAAAAUGGUUCAUGAAAAAGGCCAAGAUGCUGAUCAAGUUGUCGGUGAUAUUGUGGAGCUUUUUGUUCAGUAUUUCCGGUGCUUUGGAGACCGUAGCUGUUGUCCAUUAGAUUUAAAACAAUACUUACCCAUGGUUUCUGUUCAAUGUCGCGGAGACUUGAUUAAGGGUAUCUGGCAGAUAGUCGGUUUGGAGGAUGGGGAACUCCCAGACACAGUUUAUCGCAUGCAACAACAUAUCUCCACUAUUCUUCUCAGUCGACAUCUUGGAUAUCAUGAAAACUUAUCAUCAGCGGAAAAGUUGCAGCUGACAACUUGCUUUUUGCGCUAUUUUCAGCAUGGUAUGCGAUUUAACAUAGACCCUCUACCUACUGAUUUUCUGAGCAACGAUCCCUAUGUCUUACUAAUGGCCCAUUUAUUGCUUGAUGUGUGGAUGGAAACACAAGACACUUCUCGUCUGCUAGAUGUAUUGCUUCUUCUGGAACAUGCGUUGUUAAUGUCUCCCUCUAAUUUUCAUUUUAAACUUCUGCUAGUAAAAGUCUACCACCUGUUGGGUGCUGGUGUAGCGGCUCAUGAUGUGUAUGAAACUCUAGAUGUUAAACAUAUGCAACUUGAUUCUCUUGGCUAUGUUCAUUGUGGGGCUGUGCAAGCUACUGGCCAGUAUGCCACGGCUAGUAGUCUGUAUGAUGUAACGCUACGAUUCUUCACUGUAAACUACAAAGAUAGUGUAGAUUAUUUGUCAUUCACUUACAAAUUUGGAUCUUUCAUGAAAAUUGAAGAAUUUGUUGAGUUUCGUGAAAGAUUAAGUAACUCAAUGCACUAUGGUCUAGUCACAGUGGAGAGGAUGCUCCUUGAUAUUCUACAUAGCACCACCCAUCCCCAAAUGCUGAAGGUUGUGAGUCAGAUGGAAAUCCAAUCUGAAAAGGAUAAAAUGGACUGGAGAAGGUUUAAUGACAACCGAGAUAUGUCUGCUUACAUUUGCUGGGACCCACCAGAAAGACAAGUCAACCCAGAAGUGACAAAGAAGUCACGGGAUUCAGAUGUCUCAUUUUUGAGGUUGCGGAUGCUGCUUCUUCGUGGUCUUGGAGCAGCUGCUGAACUAUGUAAUCCUGACACUUUACCACCAACGGAUGAAAGUAAUGUCAAUAGUGGUGAUGUAAAUAAUGCUGGUGAGCCCACUGUCAAUGGGAGAUCUUUACUUCAUCAGCAUCCUCUAUUAUCCCUGGAAAAGGUUACUUCAGAACUUCAGAGUACUUUCAAAAGUAUUCAGAUGGAAGGAUUAAAAUUAGAAACCUCAAAAAUUAUUGGUGCACCUCCUCCAUCACGACUUUUUGAUUAUUUAGAGACAAACUCUGUUCAACUACAGUGUGAAUUGUUUUCAUUGAUUUCAACUUUUGUGAAAAGUAAUGGAGAUGAUAAAGUUGAUGCUAAAGCAUUUGCGGAAGGAGGUAAAAGAGCAAUUACUAUUCUUCAAGAUAGCAUACAUAGUUCUAUUAAAGCAGUGUUGGAAGGUAAAUGUGUGUCUCUUAAUACAAGAAGAUUUGUCUUUGAGCGAGCAGUCAAUUUAGUUGAGAUGGUAUGUCUUGCUGCAUUAGUGUGUGGAAUCAUCAACAAUAUUCUUGAGCCAUCAAAACAAACGUCUUCUAAGAAGACAAAGAAAAAACAGAAACCUGGGGCUUCACCAGAAGUUAUAGAAGCACACAAACUGUUUGUUUCUGAAGUUCAAACUAUUGCUACCGAGCUGCAUACAGCCUUGGGUAACCUACGAUUGCGGAUGUCAGUGGAAGCAUUCCACUCUCAGAUGCCUUUGAUCACAGCAAAUUCCAUCAAGGAUGGGCCAGCUUGUCGUGUUCCUGCAGUCGGGACACUUCCAACUAUUGGCCCUGAUGAUAUUAGCGCCCUAAGCACUGCAAUGGCACAGCUUGUGCUUAGUUAUGAAAACAGAAAAAGUAAAGACAAAGGAUACUCUGUUGAUGUAAGUGCCAAACUUUCUGAAAGCUAUGAAGAUUCACUACAAGAAAUAAUUACAAUUCUACAACAGAAGAUGACCUAUCUAGAUAGUACAAAAUUAUAAAAAGAUGAACCCUGUAUGGUUUGCAUUUUGUUCUUUGUGCUAAUGAAUUUCAAACAGCAAGAUUUACCCUCAUCCUUGCAUGUUGGUUUGUACUGAAGUGUGCUUUUGUGUAUUGGCGAGUCUUUUUGUUGGCAAAGCAGUAUAUUUCAAGUUUUGUCUAUGUUUUGUGAUGUGAUGACUUACAAGCUCCAAGGUUUUGAAUAGGUGUGGAAUUGUGAUAUGUUAAAUUAACCAUGAAACUUAAGUUUCCUAACGCUGUAGGAUUGAAAGAACCUAAGUAAUACCUGUUUCUCAUCAACUUUUGUGAUUUCUUUAUGUUACUCUUAUUUGUUCUAAUAUAAUGUGAAAACACUUUAAUUCUGGGUGUCACUUCUUUUUCCCACCGUACUUUUACCAUUUUCCUACAGAUUGUUUCUCAAAAUAGAGUAAAUAAAUUAGCAAUCAAUACAAUGUUUCAAAAAAGGACCAAUUUGGCUGAACUCUUCAUCUUCAUUGACUGUCAUAUUACUCGUUUUAUUUUCCUUUAAGAUAAAAUGUUCCAGAUAGUAAAAGAAUUGAACGAUUAGUGUUUAUGUAUUUGAAUGAAGGCUUCAGCUAAGGACUAGGUUAUUGACUAACUUAUUCCGUAGUGUUGUUGUGCUGUUCAUAUUCCAAUGAACAAAAAUAGUAAAUACGUUUUCGUGCUGUUAUUUGCUAUUUCCCUCGUUGUGUGGCAUUUGAAUUAAGCUUGAUGUCUAUUUUCAAAAAUUGUUAUGAGCUUUAAAUGCAACAUUUUACUUUCAAACAUGUUUUUUCCUCAAUUUUAAUGGUUUUGUAUUUUUUAUGUCUGUUCCAUAAGGUUCUACUAAAUUAUUUUCUUUUCAAAAAAUGUAAGCAUAAUUGUCAAUAAUUUGGAUUAAGUGUAACAACUGGCUAACACUAUCAGAGGUCAUUUAAAUUUAUUUUUUCUGUCUGUUUCUUUGAACAUUGAACUAGCACAGUAUUUUUAAGGAAAUUGUCAUGCAACAAUGUUUUUGGAGAUCUCUUAAUGACUGAACUUUCCACAGAAUUUUGAUACGCUGUUUUCUAGAUGCAAUUGUGAAUGCUGUGAAUUUAGAUAUUGCCAAACACUGGAUUACAUCUUAGUAACCCUCA